UAUCAUGUGCGGUUGUUCCAGCUUAAUAGGGUGUUUUAGAUUCGUUUUUCAAAAGCUUUGCGCGCGUAAAUUGAUUCUGAUUAUGGGAAUACUAUGCGGCUUUGUUUCUAGCAAUUGGGUAAGAAUAUAUUCUGAUUCUUCUUUUCUCUAUAAUCAUUUGAAUAAGACUAUUCUCAACAGUGUGUUAUUGUUUGUGAUUCUCACUUAUAAAUAUCCAUAAUUUCUUUUCUUCUUCCAUUGCAUUUGAGGCUGAAUCAGUCAUCCAAUUCGAUUUCGAAAUGGCAACCCAAUUUGACAUGUUGUGCGAUGUUCUUCCUGGGCAUAAUUCAUGGAAGUUCAAAGUUUGUGUCCUCCGUAUGUGGGCAAUUUCUUCUUUUAUGAAGCCUAAUGAGUUGAACUCUAUGGAAAUGGUGCUGAUAGAUGAGAAGGGAGGUAAGAUUCAUGCCUUGAUAAGGAAAGAAUUGGUUUACCUAUUCCAGAAUAAAUUAAAGGAAGGGGAAGUUUAUAAGCUAUCAAACUUUGAUGUUGUUCCAGUCGUUGGAUUUUAUCAUACAACUCUGCAUCCUUACAAAUUGAUUUUUCGAUCGAAUACCAAAGUUCAGAAUUUUGCGAGUUCUGAUAUUCCUAUUUUGGGAUUUUCUUUCACCGAUCUUGCUGAAAUGGCUAGCUACUCUGUUAACUAUGAUUACCUAAUAGUUAUUUGUUUCUUAUGUCAUUGUGUUGAUGUCAUUGGUUUAAUCUCUGGUAUAUCAAAUGAGAGGGAGUAUAUUCGUGCUGGCAAAGUCAUCAAGAUGGUUGUGCUUGAACUUACAGACAAUAGUGGUAAAUGUGAAUGCGCGUUGUUUGGUGAUCAUGUUGAUGAGUUGCAAAGAUUAAUUGGUAAUUGUCCUUCCGGUCUCCACGUUGUUGCACUACAGUUUGCCAAAGUUAAAAUAUUUAGAGGGAAAGUUUCCAUUCAAGAUGUUAUGAAUACCACAAGGAUUUUUCUUGACCCUGAGAUUAAAGAGACAUCCGAGUUAAGAAAGGGGUUAGCCAUUGCUGGUAUGUCAAACUCCGAAAAAAGUAUUGAGCAAAUUAAUGCUAUGAAUGAGGUUGGAGUGUUUGAUGUCUGCAAAGAGAAUCCAAUUGUUGAACUUUUUGAGUUAGAAGACGUUGAGUUUAAGGGCAAUGAUUUAGCUGAGUUUGUUGCAUCUCAUGAGGAAAGGUUGGCUUCAGUGCCUUCUGGUUGUGGAUGUGUUGUUCCGCUGAAGCUAAAAAAGAGAAGGUGGAGGGGAAAGAUGAAUCUGAUGAUGCAACUUGCCAAGUCUAUUGAAAUUUUGUUCAAAAGAGUUAUGCACUGUGAUUCAAAUCCGGAGAUUUUGUUCGUUUCAAAACUGAUAGCCACAUAA